UCCCUCCCUCAGCCUUCUAGUCUAAGUCUAACAAUCAUCUGAUCCAGUUCUCUCCAUUUCAAUCACAUAUACUAACCAAAAUGGCUAUCAAUCCAUCGAUUCUCUUAACCAUAGUCCCUCUCUUCCUCCUCCUGAGUCUCACCGAAGCUGGGAUCCCUGGCGUUUACUCCGGCAGCUCUUGGCAAACCGCUCACGCCACUUUCUACGGUGGUAACGACGCUUCGGGAACCAUGGGUGGCGCGUGCGGAUACGGAGAUUUAUACAGUCAAGGGUACGGAACAAACACGGCAGCGCUAAGCACAGCGUUGUUCAACAGUGGCCAAAGCUGCGGGGCAUGCUUUGAAGUCAAAUGUGUCAAUGAUCCUAAAUGGUGUCACCCGGGUAGUCCUUCCGUUUUCGUAACCGCAACCAACUUUUGCCCUCCAAACUUAGCCCAACCUAGCGACAAUGGCGGCUGGUGCAACCCGCCACGUGCUCACUUCGACCUUGCCAUGCCCUCUUUCCUCAAGAUCGCUGCCUAUCGUGCCGGCAUUGUCCCCAUCUCUUACCGCAGGGUGGCAUGUAAGAAGAGUGGAGGGAUAAGGUUCACGAUCAACGGUCACCGUUACUUCAACUUGGUGCUGAUCACGAACGUAGCGGGCGCAGGAGACAUCGUGAGGGCGAGCGUGAAAGGUUCAAAGACUGGUUGGAUGAGUUUGACAAGGAACUGGGGACAAAACUGGCAGUCAAAUGAUGUUCUCGUUGGUCAGACACUUUCUUUCCGUGUCACAUCCAGUGACCGCAGAACCUCUACUUCAUUAAACAUCGCUCCUUCGAACUGGCAGUUUGGACAAACCUUUGUCGGAAAGAACUUCAGGGUCUAAAAUGAAUAUCGAUGAAAUUUAAACAUUAAUUCAAAGUGGUUCAAUUUCCACAACUUUGAGUUUGUAUUUUCUAUUAUUAUUGUUCUUUCUUAUGUGAUUUGCAGGUGUGUGAUAAUUACGAAAGCUGAAGUGGCUGUUGAAAAUGUUGUAAACAGCCCGCAGCUAUUAAGUGAUACUAUUGGUUUGCUGCAUUGCUUGUAAUGUCAAAUUUCAUUAUAUAAUUAUAAGUUACCACUUGUACU